UGACUUUGAGUCGCGACAACCUUUAAGUGAGAAUCAAACGGAGGGUUCUAGAUUUGAACCUGACGAGAAGAGGUUUAAAGAUGAAGGAAUUCAGACCGAUCCAAUCGAUCUGGGACCCAUUGUACAAUUGAUUUGUUCUAAAGACCUUGAACUUGGAUCUGUUGUACGUAAAAGGCUACUCUCGCUUGGUUUUAAUGCAAGUGCUGGGAGGAAUGCUUCAGUAUCCUCGGCGUCAACACAAGGUCGUUCUUUAUUGGAUAUGGGACCCGACGAAUUGUAUAACUACGAGAAUAAAAAGGGUAAUAUACGUGGUGAUUUCAACGAUUCGCGGAAAUCUCAUUCUGUUUCUCGAUCGGUGCAUUCCCCAAGUGCAAAUAAUGAUUCUUAUGGCUCGGAUAAUAAAUGGAAGGUAGAGAAUGAACAAGAGGCAUCCAGUAAAUUGAACAAUACUCGUAAUUCUUACACAAGUGACUUUGAGUCGCGACAACCUUUAAGUG